ACGUGCCCAAGUUGACGACCGAACCAGGGGAAGUCUUCUCCUACCCACAAGAACGCUCAUUCGCAUCGCCACCUUCCUCCCUCCCCCCCUCGCCAUCUCCGACCCGACUUGCGGCCAAUGGCGGACCAGCUCACCGACGACCAGAUCGCCGAAUUCAAGGAGGCUUUCAGCCUCUUCGACAAGGAUGGGGACGGUUGCAUUACCACCAAGGAGCUGGGAACUGUCAUGCGUUCCCUGGGGCAGAAUCCCACUGAGGCAGAGCUUCAAGACAUGAUCAAUGAGGUGGAUGCUGACGGCAAUGGAACAAUUGAUUUCCCUGAAUUCCUCAACCUUAUGGCCCGCAAGAUGAAGGACACUGAUUCUGAGGAAGAACUCAAGGAGGCAUUCCGUGUGUUUGACAAGGAUCAAAAUGGUUUUAUCUCUGCUGCUGAACUGCGCCAUGUCAUGACCAACCUUGGUGAGAAGUUGACUGAUGAGGAGGUUGACGAGAUGGUCCGUGAGGCUGAUGUUGAUGGUGAUGGCCAGAUCAACUAUGAUGAAUUUGUUAAAGUCAUGAUGGCCAAGUAAGUUGCAUUACCAUCUGAGGGAAGCUUCAGUAAUCAGGCCAAAAUAUUACCUAUCCAGGUGCCAUUUUGUGAGAUGGCUAUCGUAUUAAACCGAAAACAAUAUAACACUGUGCUGUGUAUGUUGUAGGCAAUGAUUGUUUGCCUUGAAGAUUUUAUAGAUCCUGCUCUGGUCUUUCUGAUUUUGUCUGUUCCUUUUUUUUAUGUUUGGUUCGUUUCAACUUUUCAAGAGUGUAGCCACAAUGUGUUAAUGAAUAACUAUAUGUCAGUGUUCCAUGAUUGCAUUGCUAGCUCACAAUUUACCCCUCA